CUUGCUGCCCAAGUUUAUUAUUGAAAAAGAAAUAAAAAUUUAAUUUUGGGGGAAAAAAAGAAAGUCGUAUUUAGUGUGUGUAAUUGGUCAAAAUAUGAGAACUAGUAGUUCCAAUCCUUAUAGGAUGCCAAAGCACUUUGAGUGGGAGCUCGAACCCAGACCUUCUUGCUGUGAGGUGACAGCACUAACCACUACACCACCGUGCCGCUCUACCUGCGUAGUACACAUUUAAAAGUUAAUCACAGAGUCCAGUGUCCAUAUAAAGGAUGUGACUUUCAUACAACUGUGUACUCCACAUUCAAUGCACAUAUAAGUAAACAGCACAGAACAGACAAUUGGAGGAUGUUCAAGGCAGAAGUAGUCUCUGGUAGUGUAACUAAUGAAAUGGCCCAAGAAGAAAAUGUUCCUAUAAAUGAUACCCCAGAUUUAGAGGACAGCGAGGAUUCAAGCAGUGAAGAGCUUGAUGAGCUAGCGAAACAGUUGGAGCACAACCUAGCUGCUCUUCUUUUAAAGAUACAAACCAUUCUUCAUAUUUCAGAAAGUUCUGUACAAGAAGUCAUACAACAGCUUUUACAGAUAUGUAAACUUUCCCAGCCAUUGCUGCAUGAUACAGUCAAGGACAUUCUGAAGCAACACACAGACGUAGAUGAUUUAACUGUGAGACAGUUAGCCAGGGCUGCCUCAGAGAGCAAUGUCAUAACAAGAUUUUGUGGCAAGGAUGGCUCCUUAUCAACCACUAAAAGGAGAGCAGCAUAUGUGAACAAAAACUUUGCAGUUGUUAUGCCAGUGGAGUAUAUUAUUGAUAAAGAUAAAAAAUCUAGUGCUGUGUAUGUUCCUCUACAUGCAAUGUUACAGAAAAUGUUGAACAGGCCAGACAUUUUAGACAAAGCUCUUCCAGUACAAAAGCAUGUGCCACAUGACUACAGUACAUACAGAGAUGGCUCAAACUGUAAAGAAAAUGACCUGCUUAAAGGGGAGGAGUUCAAAAUCGCUGUUGAUUCUGAAGCGCACAAUCCUUUAGGAACAUCUAAAAAGAAGCAUAAAAUGAGUGCAGUGUAUUGGGUAAUAGCUAAUGUGCCAUCAAAAUAUAGGUCCACACUCCACUCCAUUCAGCUUGCUGUUUUAUGUAAAACCUCUGAUGUUAAAGAAUAUGGUUAUGCUAAAAUUCUACAUCCUCUCAUCCAAGAUCUGGUUUCUUUGGAGCAACACGGUGUAUAUGUUGAGAAGUUGGGAGCAUGUGUCAAAGGCACAGUGUUACAUGUGGCUGCUGAUAACUUGGCUGCUCAUUCUCUUGCAGGAUUCUUUGAGAGCUUUGGAGUGGACAGGUUCUGCAGGUUCUGUAUGGAGAAAAGGAGCAAGAUUCAAGUCAAGGAGAUGGUGGUACACCAGAAAAUGACCUUGAGAGUCAUUCUCACAGAGGCGGAUAUAAGAAAGGUCAUCCUGAAUACAAGGCCUGCUACAGUGGAGGAUUUGACAAGCCAGCUUAAAGUGUCACUGGGACUGACUUACAACUUCAGUCUCCAAGACAAAGAUCCUGAAUUCAAUUAUGAACUAUGCAAUCUGACAGAUAUUGAAGACCUUCCAGGAAAAAAAAAAAAAAAAAAAACUGUCAAAGUCAUCCCUGUACUUGAGUUGGUACCUGUCUUAACAUCUGAUGAGAUCUUGAGUGACAUACCCAGUACAGCAGGUAAAUGGGGAGGUCAUUCAGCCGAAGGAGAGCCAGCUAACAAGAUUAUCAAGAAGGCAAAGAAAGGAGAACUCAACUACUUGCCAAACUUUCCAGACGGAUUUGAUCAGGCAGCCCUUGAGGCUGCCCGCAAAGACUUGGUUAUUGAAAUGCAGAAGAGAACACCAAAUGGACCACUUGUGAAACAGAAGAUGGACCUGACGUUUGCAUUGAGAAGAAAAGAGGUGGUGGAGUCUGAACCUGCCAUAAGCAACAUAGUGGAACGGUGGCCUGCUCUUUUUACAGAAGAUCAGGUGUGCAUGGAAUUCAACAGGAUUGUGGGCAAGAACCUCAAGCAGGAAUUUUAUGAAAGCAUCGAUCGGCACAGUCCUCGUCUUAUUGAGAUAUUUCAAUCCAAGAUGGGAACGUUGGGCACAGCUUUCACAACAGACAAAGGCCAACGCUCUGACCAAUCAGCGCAACAGUGACUGUGACGUAGUCAGAGCGACAGAAAGCAGUGGGGGAGGGUAAACCAUAGACAUAUAAACAUAGACGCCGCAUUCUGCGUAGAAUCAUACGUCAUCCUCGCCGCCAUAUUGGAUGUGGCAAAGUGGAGAUUCUUCAACUGUCUCUGGUAUAGACCCCUUGCACUGACGUCACCUGAAACCGGAAGUAAACAAACCCUGUGCCAUAUUGGAAGACCAACAAACUCGUGAUUAGGGGGAAAUAACGGCAGCGUGCGGUAUGUUAACCCACGAGGCACUUGGUUCAUCAAAAACCUACAAUGGUAAACUUUUGUGCUGUGUUAGGGUGUUCUAACAAAGCUGAUGGGAAAGGUGAAAAGAAGUCUUUCUUCAGAAUACCAGCUGUGAUUGAGACACAAGGGGAGCAAACCAAGGAGCUUUCUGCCGGGAGACAGAGAGAGGAUUUAGCUGCUUUAUGCAGAGCAGAUCUGAAUACUUCA